GCCUACGCUUGGGUCCUGUAUGUAGCAGGAGACUGCACUGCUUUUGAAGAAAAAAUGUCUCAAAAUCACCGGAGUAACAUCGGAAAGCAAGGGAGGGUCGCGUUAUUUCACCUUUUGUGCAGUAUUACAGGUGUGUGGGGAAGUCAGGUGGUGGUGCCUCAGAGGGUGAAUGCUGUGCUCGGGAAGAAUGUGACAUUGGAGUGCAGGGUGGAGGUGGGCGCUAACCUCACUCUUACUCAGAGUUCCUGGGAGCGCCGUCUGCCUUCAGGCUCCGUCACAGUGGCUGUCUACAACCCACGAUAUGGCAUCUCCAUCCCUCCAGAGUUUAUCAAUCGAUUGUAUUUCCGCUCGCCCUCCUCCCACGAUGCCACCAUUGUGCUUGGAAACGUGGGCUUUUCCGACAUUGGGAUCUAUACCUGUAAGGUUGCCACUUUUCCUCUGGGAAACACUCAAGCUUCCACUACUGUCAAUGUACUUGUCGAGCCAAAAGUCUACGUGUCUGCAGGUUCGUCUGCCCUGAUUGACGGCGGCAACGAUACCGUGGUGGCUACCUGUAUUGCUGAGCGGGCACGACCCCCCGCCGAAGUGUCCUGGGAGUCCAACCUUUUUGGCCAGUCAGAAGUGCAGCUUUUUGACCAAACCAACGGAACGACCAGCACACAAGUGAGCUACCUCUGGCAGCCCACGCGUCACGUCCAGGGCCAUACACUCACCUGUGUGGUCCGCCACCCGGCUCUGCAAAGUGACUUCAGGAUCCCCUACCAGCUCAAUGUGCAGUUUGCUCCUGAUAUUUCCGUUGUGGGCUAUGAUGGAGACUGGUAUGUGGGUCGGGAAAAUGUUCAAAUGACGUGCAAAGCCAAUGCAAACCCAGCGCCAAAUCACUUCAGAUGGAUCAGGUUGGACAGUGAAAUGCCAGAAGGGGUGGAAGUAAGGAACAGCACUUUGCUCUUCCUGCGACCCCUACAUCGGAAUGACUCUGGAGUUUACAGGUGUGAGGUUGCCAAUGACAUCAGCCUCCGCAGUCGGGAUGUGCGCAUUCUCAUACAAGAUCCUCCCACCAUGCCUUCCACCAUUACUGCUCCUGUCCUAACUGGCUCUGCCUCCUCCACCUUAGUCGAUGAUAAGAGCCAUGUCCUUCUCAGCUCCCCCACUCUUGAAGCCCUACCUGAGAGUAAUCUUGGUUCCAUAGUGGGGGGUGCCGUGGGCGGGGCUUUGUUCCUGCUGCUGCUGCUAUCUCUGGUCGGCGUGUGUUACCUCCGGAAGCAGCAAACCUUCCACGGGAACUACUACACCAAGCAGUACUUGGGUCCCAACGACCUCCAGAAAGCCCCCACGCAGCACGAGCUCCACCCUACCAAAGCCGGCAGCAGCAGCUCCAACAAACAGGACCAGGAUCGAGAGGAGUGGGGCGACCGCCAGCUCAAACAGGAGCGCGACCGCCGCCAGCAGGGCAGCUACAGCGGCGAGGAGUAUCCCGCUAACGGCUACACGAGGGCCAUGAGGGAGAGCAGCCAUCACAGAAGCCCUCAACAGAACCACCACCGGGAACACAAGCAGUAUUCUAGUCCACGGCAGGCCAGAGGUGCCAGAUACCCUCAUUCAACUAAACCACAGGGAAACGGCACCCCCUACCUGUCGGAUGACUGCUACGAUAGCGGACCCGAGGGCGACUACGUCUCUCACACGGACGGCUCCGUCAUCUCGCGUAGGGAGUGGUACGUUUGACAAGCUAGCGAUCCCUGCAGGAGCAGAGAUGUGACAGAAACCACAAGGUUUCAUUUAUCAAAUUAGAAAGAAAACAAAACGCUAACACUAUUUCUCUUCUGUACGCACAUGCACUUCUACUAAUCUCAAUUCUGUAGUUCCCUCGUUUUGUUCAAGGGUCCUGGUCGACUCUUGAGACGUGAUGUUCUGUUUAGUGUGUACAGACUGUGGACUGCACGGCCACUUUGAAAGUCAAUAGCUACACGCCUACAGAAGUCGGCAUGUCACUAGAUUGUGUGUGUAGAGACUUAACGAAAGAUCAUGAUGUAUGUGCUGUCUCUGCCUUACUACAUAGACUGCUAAUUUAUUUAGCAUUACUAAUGUAUUUCAGUUGUUUUGAAAGCCCUGGGGGCUCGCAGAUCACAUAUGGUUGUGGUAGAAAAAAGUUUGUUUCUACAAAAUCAGCCUUCUCAGGCUAUGUGACACUUGCUCAUUCAUAUUUAUAUGUGUUGAUAUUGCUUACACUGACCUCUGACCCUAUGAUUGGCUGGUAUUUCAAGAAUGGAACUAAAUCCAUGAAAAUUCAUUCUUAUUUCCAAACUCAGUAGGGGCAUAUAAAUAUUAUUUUCUUUUCUUUUUUUUUUUUUUUUGCAGAAAUGAAUAUCCCUUUUGCAAAAUUUAAAACAGAUGGCCGCACCAUUCGUUUUCUACUCUAAUGCCUACCCUUUUUGUAACUUUCCAUGGUGGGAGACUUGGGGUCUUGACCACUAAUAAUGUCCUUUUAAAACCGAGUGGGGAAACUUAAGAACA